AUGAAGGUGCGGGGCAAGAGUGUGCAGUACGAGCGGAUCAAUUUGCUUAGGUAAUGAGGGGGGGGGGUGCUUAAAAUUUUUUAAAAUGAGUUUAAAAAAUGAAAAAAAAAUCUUCAAAUGUUAAAAAAUUUUUUUAAUUUUUAAACUACCGCUUUUCAAAUUUCAAGAAUUCAAAUUUUAACCUAAAAAAAUUUGAAAAAUGCCAUUUCCAUACCUACCUUUUUAUAUAUAACAUUCACCGUUUCAGCAAUGUACCUCAACAACCGCGCAACUCACUGAACUCGGAGAUUGCCCAAUCCACCUCAUUCACAAAUGACACUCAGAAGCGACAGAGCAGUAGUGCGUUUACUGCCAUGUCGGCUGGUUCAUCGUUCCAAUGUGACAAUUUUCCGUGUUCGGCUGAAGAUCGUGCCUAUUACGAGCUGGAACAGGCUUUGCAAUACCCGGUCUUGCCUCCCAAUCCACACUUUUUUUGUUGCUUCGACAAGUUUCAUAUUACAGUAGGUUGAAGUUUCGAAUUUUCAAAAUUUAAAAAAAUUUUUAUUUAAAAAAAAAUUUGUUUGAAAAUAUUAGGCUGUUCAAAUAAUUCUGUGCUUUUAACUUUGGAAAUUUGUUUUGAGAGGGGGCGCAGAAUUAUUUGAACAACCUAAUAUAUUAAAAUGUACAGUGAAGCUCUUCAUAAUGAUUAACAUAAUUAAAAUGAAAAUGCUUUCAGACAGUGUCAAAAGUGUUGUGUUUGGUCUACAUAUUGUUCUACGGUUUACUGUGCUACAUAAGUCUGGAUCCUAACCACGCCGUAGCCUUUUUGAUCUCAUUUUUGGUGGCGAUAUCAGUCGGAUGUUGUUUAAUGUACGCCGUGUUUCAAUGGUCCAAAAUGUGCCUUAUACCUUUCUUUUUGUUGCAGGUAAGACAAACUAAAAACAAUGGCUGGGCUAAAUUUUUAAGCUGGCCUAUGUUCUGACUUGACUUUAUGUUUUUGUUUUUUUUUUAAGGUCGGCCCGGCCUAGUGAAAAAAAAUUUAAGGUUAACCCUGAUUGGCUUGUCUUAAUAGUUUGUAGCAUUAUAUAUCAAAAGUCAUUCUUUCGUUGCAGAACCUAAAUAAUUCAAAAAUAUUUUUAAAAAAUACAGCCCAUGGUUUACUUUUUUAACCAGGCUCAGACCCAAAUUCAGGGCCAAACCGGCUAAACCCAAACCUAGGGCCAAACUUUUCAAUCUGGCCUAGGCCCGAUGACCUAAUUUUAAAUCUGGCCUGGCUUCAUUUUUGCCCAAGGCAGACAAAACGCGUUGCUAUUUAGGAUAGAAAUUUAACCACGUAUUUUACAUACAAUUUUACUUUUCAGACCAUGCUAAUAUUGUACACAUUGGUAUGGAUGAUAUUCAUGGUAUACGCAGCGUUGAACCCUGGUGAUUCGUAUGUGUUCAAAGAAAUGCAUGAAACCUUUAACAACUGGCUUGGCAUCUGCACUCAACUUUGUGAGUUUUUUCACUUUUUAAUUAUAUUUUAAAUUUUUUAAACGAAUAUGUAGUGAAAAAUUUUUUAAUUUUUAUUAUUUCGUAGAAAAAGCAUUCGUAUUUUACAAAAAAAAGUAUUUAUGUAUAUUUGAAAACUCAAUUUUAUUUUUCAUAAAUAACAAUUUUUAGGGUGCUGGAUAGUACUUGCCGCGUUGGCCAUAUUUUUCGCUUUCCUAGCCUACAGUGCACUUUUAUUUUGGUAUGAAUAUCAGUUCAUUGCCGAAGUCGACCACUUUUUGAAGUCGAUUCGAAAAAGUUCGUCGAAUGCUUCAAAAGAGAAUCACGAAACUCAGAAUGGUGCCAGUCGACUUCAACUAUAG